AAAUAGAAAAAAAUAAUCAAUAUUGAGCCGAGAUGCAACCCCACGAUAAAACCCACGCGAGGGAGAGAAGCCACCCCAUCCUCCCCACCUCCCUCCUCGCCGGCCGGAGUUCUCGUCUCCGGCGACCGCCGCCGCCGCCGCCCUCACCGUCCGGUGGAGCUCCGGUGAUCGACGCCGCGAUGUCGAGGUCUGGGGCCAUGGAUCUUGCAUCUGGACUCGGGGGGAAGAUCACCAAGGAUGAGGUCAAGUCGGCUGUCGAUGAGUAUGAGAAAUACCAUGGAUACUAUGGAGGAAAAGAAGAAGCAAGAAAGUCCAACUACACAGACAUGGUUAAUAAAUACUAUGAUCUUGCCACCAGCUUCUAUGAGUAUGGUUGGGGUGAAUCCUUCCACUUUGCUCACAGAUGGAAUGGAGAAUCCCUACGUGAAAGCAUUAAGCGACAUGAGCACUUUCUUGCCCUUCAGCUUGGAGUGAAACCAGGAAUGAAGGUUUUGGACGUCGGUUGUGGAAUAGGCGGACCACUAAGAGAAAUUGCCAAAUUUAGCUUGGCUUCAGUCACUGGAUUGAACAACAAUGAGUACCAGAUAACUAGGGGAAAGGAGCUUAAUCGGGUAGCAGGAGUUAGUGGAACUUGCGACUUUGUGAAGGCAGACUUCAUGAAGAUGCCGUUUUCUGAUAACACUUUUGAUGCUGUCUAUGCCAUUGAGGCAACAUGCCACGCACCUGAUCCGGUUGGCUGCUAUAAGGAGAUCUAUCGUGUAUUGAAGCCUGGCCAGUGUUUUGCUGUGUAUGAGUGGUGUAUUACUGAUCACUAUGAACCGAACAAUGCAACACACAAGAGGAUCAAGGAUGAAAUCGAGCUUGGCAAUGGCCUGCCAGAUAUCCGAAGCACUCAACAAUGUCUUCAAGCUGCAAAAGAUGCUGGGUUUGAGGUUAUUUGGGAUAAAGACCUUGCUGAAGAUUCCCCGGUUCCUUGGUACCUGCCCUUGGAUCCAAGCCGGUUUUCCUUGAGUAGCUUCCGUCUGACUACUGUGGGGCGUGCAAUUACUCGCACAAUGGUGAAGGCAUUGGAAUACGUCGGCCUUGCCCCACAAGGAAGUGAAAGGGUAUCUAACUUUUUAGAGAAGGCAGCUGAAGGUCUCGUCGAAGGUGGCAAGAAGGAAAUCUUCACGCCGAUGUACUUCUUUUUGGUUCGCAAGCCUAUCUCAGAAUGAGCUCCCAGAACCACAUUUCAGAGAUAAGGCGAGGAGUUUGAAAGAAACAUUAUGGCGGUCAAAGAAACACCUGAUGAAGCUCAGAAGCUUGAAGAGUUCUUAUGCGUACGAAGAGAUGCUGAAAUGUGUUUAACUGGUGAAUUUUCGUCUGUUGGUUUGCCGUGUAAAAACCGUUUGAUCAAGGCACUUGUCUGCAGGGUGCCUGUUUUAGUCUAAGACGAUGAACUGACUGGUUUUUGUUUGCUCGUUUCUAAGUUGUUAGUGACACAUAAGUUAAGUUUGCAGUUCAUUCGCCAGUGUGUAUUGUAACUUUGCAAUAAGGCACCUGCUUGAUAGCUUUCUUUUCAUAUUGUUCUUCGACAAAUAUAAGUGAUGAUUAUUACCUGUA